GUGGCUCUAUCCUGGGUGAUUGGAACAAGAUGCUGUAAAUAAAGGUAUAACCAUCCGCCCACUGAGUGAAGUGAAGUGAACGAGGUCACGUAAUCCUUGAAGCACAAUGGCACUUCUGUUUGUCGUUAUCGUUAUUCUCGUUACAACUGCAAUGUCACUGCCUCCUGUCAUACGAAUUGGUGCUAUAUUCACAGAGGAUCAAAAGGACAGUCCUUCGGAGUUGGCCUUUAAAUACGCUGUGUACCGUAUCAACAAGGACAAGAGUCUUCUUCCCAAUACAACCCUCGUCUACGACAUCCAGUAUGUACCCAAGGACGACUCCUUCAGAACAUCAAAGAAAGCCUGCAAACAAUUAUCAAAAUCAGUUCAGGGCAUAUUCGGCCCAUCAGACCCAUUACUGGGGGCUCAUAUUCAGAGUAUCUGUGAAGCACUGGAUGUACCGCAUUUGGAAGCUCGAAUGGACUUUGAACCAACUUUCAAAGAGUUCAGUAUAAAUCUCUACCCCUCCCAGGAUCAUCUGAAUAAGGCAUUCAAGGAUCUCAUGUCUUUUCUCAAUUGGACGAGAGUCGCCAUAAUCUACGAGGAAAAUUAUGGUCUAUUCAAACUCCAGGAUCUCGUUAAGUCACCGCCAACCACACGCACCGAGAUGUACAUACGUCAGGCUGGACCCGGGUCAUACCGACAAGUGCUACGUGAGAUCAGGCAGAAGGAAAUUUACAAGCUCAUUAUAGACACCGAUCCUCUGCACAUGCAGCAGUUCUUCAGAGCAAUUCUGCAGCUUCAAAUGAACGAUCACCGAUAUCACUACAUGUUCACGACAUUCGAUAUCGAGACAUUCGAUCUAGAGGAUUUCAAGUACAACAGCGUAAACAUGACUGCAUUUCGAUUGGUAGAUCUUGAGGAGCCAAAGGUAGCCGAUGUUUUGAGGCAGAUGGAGAGAUUUCAGCCGAUUAAACAUGCCAUCCUCAAUCGAACUGGCAUCAUCCAGGCAGAACCAGCUCUUGUCUACGACAGUGUACAAGUUUUUGCUCAUGGUCUUGCCUCCCUAGAUCGCAGUCACGUAUUGCGUCCGAUGAACUUAUCCUGCGAUAAAGAAGAACCGUGGGAUGAUGGGCUGUCUCUUUACAACUACAUAAACGCGGCGGGAAUUCAUGGAUUGACGGGUCAUAUAGAGUUCAACGAGGGUAAACGAAAUAAUUUCAAACUCGAUCUUCUGAAGCUGAAGAAGGAGGAGCUCGUUAAGGUCGGGGAAUGGCGACCAGGGCAGGGGGUCAAUGUCACGGAUGUCAAUGCUUUUUACGAGACGACAGCUACAAAUAUCACUCUGGUUGUCAUGACACGGGAGGAGAGACCGUACGUUAUGGUGAGACAGGAUAAAAAUUUAACUGGCAACGCGAGGUUCGAGGGAUUUUGCAUUGACUUGCUAAAAUGGAUUGCUGGACAAGUGGGCUUUCAGUAUGCAAUUCGGCUUGUUCCUGAUCACAUGUAUGGCGUGUACGAUCCAGAGACCAAAGAGUGGAAUGGGAUUGUUCGGGAAUUAAUGGAAAAGCGAGCAGAUUUAGCUGUUGCUUCCAUGACUAUCAAUUAUGCCAGGGAGAGUGUAAUUGAUUUUACAAAACCCUUCAUGAACCUCGGCAUUGGCAUUCUCUUUAAGGUGGCAAAACGUCCACCAAGUAAACUCUUCUCGUUCAUGAAUCCUCUUGCCGUGGAGAUUUGGUUGUCGAUGCUGGGGGCCUAUGUUAUGGUGUCAAUUACGAUAUGGAUUGUUGCGAGAAUGUCACCCUAUGAAUGGGUUGAACCACCUCCGUGCCCUAGCUGCAAGUGCCCUCUGCAGGGGAGCCAUGUGAGUGCCUUGGAACCAGAGAGCGAUGACAUCCCAUUGCCAAGAACCGUCAACGAUUUCAGCCUCGCCAACAGUUUCUGGUUUGCCGUUGGAACUUUAAUGCAACAGGGGAGUGACCUCAAUCCCAAGGCAACCAGUACGCGAAUAGUCGGCGGAAUAUGGUGGUUCUUCACUCUGAUAAUUAUUUCAUCCUACACGGCAAAUCUCGCUGCCUUUCUCACGGUUGAAAGAAUGAUAACGCCGAUAGAAAAUGCCGCCGAUUUGGCGGAACAAACGGAAAUUACCUAUGGAACACUCGAGGGGGGAAGCACUAUGACAUUUUUCAGGGAUUCAAAAAUCGGAAUUUACCAGAAAAUGUGGAGAUUUAUGGAAUCCCGAAGAUCGACUGUAUUUGUAUCGACUUAUGAGGAAGGAAUAAAGCGAGUUUUGGAAGGGAAUUACGCAUUUCUCAUGGAAUCCACGAUGUUGGAUUAUGCUGUACAACGGGACUGCAAUUUGACGCAAAUUGGGGGACUUUUGGACAGCAAGGGAUACGGAAUAGCUACCCCCAAGGGCUCACCAUGGAGAGACAAGAUAUCACUGGCCAUUCUCGAGCUGCAGGAGAAAGGAGUUAUACAAAUUCUCUACGACAAAUGGUGGAAGAAUACUGGUGACGUUUGUAAUAGGGACGAAAAAAGUAAGGAGAGCAAAGCCAAUGCCCUUGGAGUUGAGAAUAUCGGUGGUGUUUUUGUUGUUUUACUCUGCGGAUUAGCUCUAGCCAUUCUCGUGGCAAUUCUCGAAUUCUGUUGGAAUUCGAAAAAGCACGCGCAAUCCGAUCGGUCUCUGUGUGCCGAGAUGGCCUCGGAGUUGCGGUUCGCAUUACGCUGCGGUUCACAACAGCGUCGACUUACCAAAACCAGAAAUACCGAGGGUGAUAUCACUACAACUGUAACCUGUACCAGGUGUAGUCCACCAUCAACAUCACUGCUACGUAGCAGGAGGUGCUUUAGUCACGAAGAGACCACUUACAUGCCAGGCAUCGAUGUGCCGAGAUUAAAUGCAGGAAGCUGGUGCGCUACCGAUGACAGAGAUGAAGAAAUCAUUGAGCUUCGAUCAAGUGGGGACUUGUCGUGGAGGGGACACCUAGCACAGGCCUCAUCAUCAUCAUCAGCAGUCCCAGUCACAGCAGACACCACCACCACCACCGUCUGUGUGCAGAGCAACACCAACGCACACACGUCAUUGUCAUUGCCACUCACAUUCUCACAGUCACAGUCAUUCGCACAAGCACCAACUGCCACCACCGAGGCAGAGGAGAGCCUCAUCGGGCAUCGGUUUAGGCCAAGGAGGUGACCACCCUGAGAGCAUCCUGUGGAGAUUCGAUUGCGAUUUAGCGGGUGAACCAGACGUGGUGAUAUCACCACCACCGCCUCCACCACCGCCAUCAGCCGCCGUAUCAAGAACAACAACCCUUUGACCAAUACUUGAGGAGGUGCCGACGGGCGUGCCAACGCAAAAGGAACACCUUCCAACCCAAGCUGGGGUAGUUGUCGACGUAGACCCCAAAGAAACGUGCUUAUAGCACUCGUGAUGCCCUCCCAGGGCUGAUAAUCAAGUCAACGAGGCACUUAGGGACCAGUGAAAGAGGAGAGCCAUUGCACAAUGGAAAAACUUCAACAGUCAUUGACGUUUUCAGAGGGCCAGUGGAUCACCGACAAAGCUAAACGGAGUUACUCAUUUUUUCACUCUCCUCUCUCAUUAUCAUCGCUAACGAACUCCGAUGGCGGUGUCUCCUCGGGGCGUAUUAGAGGUUCGAUCGAGAAAUGAAGGUGAAUUACCUUUUAUUAAGACUCUCUUGAAUUGGUAACAUCGAGUUGCAAAAAUUGCGAUAAAAUGCGGCGCAGACCAAUUUAUUUUUUCGUCACUGCCACGAUUCCACCCGUUAGCGUUAUUUCCAUUUUUAUGGGAGAUUGAGGUCGAGAGGUGUAAUGUGCCAAUAUCGGGACAACGUGUACAACAUACACUGUAAAUUGUAUAAACAUUUUUUAUUCAAUUUUUGAAUCGGGGAAUUCGCGGGGGCGGACAUGGAAUUCCGCGGAUUUGACGGGAACAAUCCGACAAAUUUUUAGGUGAAUGAGAGUUCGAAGGGAAUGAGGGAACAUUGUGUUUAAUAAAUAUAUUAUGUUUAAUAAACACACUUGUACAAGGUACUGAUGAAGUUCGGCUCCCGACUUGAAAUACAGUUUGACACAACAAUUAUCCAGGUAUCCGCUAUUUCAGGAGCAUUACUCGACAAUGGAAGGAUAUUAAAUAACUUCAUUAGACUUCAUGCAAGUGAUUUCCUCUCAUCUCCCAAUUUUCAAAGUCUUAAACGCCAGUUGAGGAUUACAGCACCUGCAAGUCCGUGAAAUUUCAAAAAUUAUUUCACUCGCGUUCCCUUGAAAUCCGCACCGAGAGAAAAAAAUUCUUAAUGUAACGCAAACUAUUUCUGGAUCUCAGAGAAAUUUUUUUUAUCAGGAAAGAGUUGUUAUCAGUUUGAAAUACAUUAUAGAUUUUAUAAACAUCAAGAAAAUUUCUUUCUCAGCGCAAAAUGGUGAACAUAGACUGUCCAUACAAUUUGUAAUAUGCGGUGAAAAAAAUGAAACAAUUGUAUAUGUGUUGUAAAGUUGUUGUGGACUCGUGAAGAUUAACGUUAAGUCAUAACGUAGAUAGGAAAAAUUUUCUACAGAAAAAAACCGUCGAGAUAUUUAUGGGUUAGCAUAGCAGAGUGCCGAGUGUGUCCAUCCGAGCGUUGUACAUAUAUAUUAAUGAGGGCUUAAUGAAGAAUUUUGAGGGCAACUCCAGCUUUAUUUAGAAAAAAAUUCUGGAGUGAAAUGGUGAAACGUAAUAAUUUCUACGUUUUCCGCAAAGUUCAGAAUUUUCGGCAAUUCGGAAAUUGUUGGUUCAAUUUUUUAUUGCAUUUUCCAAAAUUUCAUGUGAAUUCUCGGUUGUAACAAAUUAUAAGGAAUUAUUCAAGAAUGAGAAUUUUUUAUUUCUCGGCCGAGUGACGAACGAUAUUUUUUGUUUCAAUUCGUAAGCAGUUGGAAAAAAAUAUAUUUCAUUAUUUAUGUGCAUGUUUCUGAUACUCUGUACAGUGUAGACUUUCAUCCCCGUUUUUUCUAUCUAACCAGAAAUCAGUCAAUUUUAACGCGUAUAAUGAAAGUUUAUUGUGCAGUUUAACGUGUAUGAAAAAUUGAAUAGAAAAAUCUUGUGAUUCCUCUGAAGAACUUUUCUAAAUAUCUAUUGAAUUAGUCCAUUUAUUUCUCGCACUAAUUCCUUAAAAAUUAUUUUAUUACCAACAAUAAUCGUGUAAAUAAAUUUUUGUAACAA